CGGCCUUCUCCGCCUCACUCGAAGCGGCAGGAUUAGAGUUGCUUCUUCCUGGGCCGAAGCCGGGGAAGCUGAGGAAAGAUGGCUGAGGCGGCCCCGCUUUCCAAACCCUCUCAGACCAGCAACCCUCGGGUCUUUUUCGACGUGGAUAUUGAGGGAGAACGAGCUGGCCGGAUUGUGUUGGAAUUAUUCGCAGAUAUUGUACCUAAAACCGCUGAAAACUUUCGUGCACUGUGUACCGGAGAAAAAGGUAUUGGACCCACAACUGGAAAGCCUCUUCAUUAUAAAGGAUGCCCCUUCCAUAGAAUUAUCAAGAAAUUUAUGAUCCAGGGUGGAGACUUCUCACAUCAAAAUGGAACUGGUGGAGAAAGUAUAUAUGGAGAAAAAUUUGAAGAUGAAAACUUUCACUAUAAGCAUGAUCAGCCAGGUUUACUCAGUAUGGCGAAUGCAGGACAAAAUACCAACGGGUCCCAGUUCUUCAUCACAACUGUGCCAACUCCCCACCUUGAUGGGAAACAUGUGGUCUUUGGUCAGGUGAUCAAAGGCAUGGGUGUUGUAAAGCUACUAGAAAAUGUUGAAGUGAAAGGAGAAGAACCUAGCAAGUUAUGUAUCAUAGCAGAGUGUGGAGAGCUAAAAGAAGGUGACAACUGGGGAAUCUCCCCCAUGGAUGGUUCUGGAGAUACUCAUACAGACUUCCCUGAAGAUGCUGACAUUGAUUUAAAGGAAGUUGACAAGAUUGUGUCUAUAGCUGAAGAUGUAAAAAAUAUAGGUAACACUUUCUUCAAAUCUCAGAAUUGGGCAAUGGCAGUCAAGAAAUAUACCAAAUCUUUAAGGUAUGUGGAAGCUUCUAAAGCUGUAGCAAAGGAGACAGAUGCAGCAAAACUGAACACUGCAGCAUUGACCUGUUACCUUAACAUUGCUGCAUGCAAACUGAAAUUAUCAGAAUGGCAAGAUGCAACUGAAAAUUGUACUGAGGCUCUGGCAAUAGAUCCUGCAAAUACCAAAGCACUUUACAGAAGGGCUCAAGCCUGGGAAGCAACAAAAGACUAUGAUCAGGCAUUGGCUGAUCUUCACAAGGCUCAAGGGAUAGCACCUCAAGAUAAAGCUAUCCACAUAGAAUUACAGAAAGUAAAGCAGAAGAUAAAGAAUGAAAAGGAAAAAGAGAAGGCAGCUUAUGCAAAAAUGUUUGCUUGAGUCAAAAGUGUUCUCCUUCCUUAACUUGUGCACUGAUAAAAAGGCAGAAUUAGUAUGAGUAGCAGUGACAGCAUGCUUCUUGCUGUCAUUAUACUGAUGCUGUUUCAUAUGUUUACAUCUUUGUUUCUUCUUUUAAAGGAUAACAGAUUAUUUCAAGUGUCUUUCACCAAUGAGCUCAAGUACUUAGGCACUAACAUUUAUUGUACUUUAAACAAAAAACAGUGAAAAGAAAAAACUGUUAAGUAAAAUUCUCAAUGAUCAAGUGCAAAGAAUUUGGACUAAAUUCAGCAACAUACCUAAAGUGUAAGUUUGGCAAGUUAUUUCAUACCACCUGUAACUUUCAUUACUGCAGAUUCAAAUGCUGUUAAAAGUGGUGUAGAAGAAAUAAACUCUGUUCACAAGCA